AUGCAUCGAAAAUGUGUCGCGUGAUUAUUGCCUGCUUUCUGUCGACAUUGAUAAGUCAAAGUUUUUUUUUCGCUUGCGGAAACUCUCCACAUACAAACACACAAAUGUGAAUGGAUGUGAGCGAGUGAGGAGAAUGAAAGAAUGAAAAAAAACACAAGCAGUCAUUCGUACUGGCAAAAGAGUGUGUAUGAUUUAUAUAUUUAUGUUUUUGCGUACGUUCAUAUUGACAGAAGAAAAGAAGUGCGACUAGUUAAAAGCGAAAAGAGUGAAGAAAUUAAACGAUCAAGUAUCGUGAGUGUGUUAUAAUUAAGCAAAUAUUGAUAAAAAGAACGCAAAACUCGGUUCACCAUCAAAAAAGAACACAAACAAAUGUUUUUCGCUGGACAUUUAUUAUGUUAAGAUCGUAAAAGUGGCUUUUGUAAGCGAUAACUUGAGUUUUGAGCGAUACUUCCUCCAAAAAAUGCAGCAAGUCGAUGAUCCUCCCUAUCUGACGGUGGGCACGGAGGUAAGCGCCAAAUACAAGGGUGCUUUUUGCGAAGCGAAGGUGCGUAAAGUGGUUCGCAAUAUCAAAUGCAAGGUUGCUUAUAAACAAGGUCUUGGCUCCGGUACGGUGUCCGAUGACCAAAUCAAAUGUGACCUUUUGCGUGUCGGUGCAACGGUCGAAGUGAAACACCCGGAUCGACGAGAGACGGUCGAAGCAACCAUAACAAAAAUUCAAGAUUACUCACAAUAUACCGUCGUGUUUGACGAUGGUGACAUUACAACAUUACGACGCAGUGCAUUGUGUCUGAAGAGCGGACGACAUUUUAACGAAAGCGAAACGUUGGAUCAGCUACCGUUGACACAUCCCGAACAUUUUGGGAAUCCAGUGAUUGGUGGACGCCGCGGCAGAAGCUUGGAGUUGUACAAAAAGAGUGUUGCUCGAUCACGACAAGGUCAAACACCAGAUGAAAGUUCCGAAGAGGACGAAGAGCCAGAAGCAGUGAAGCCACGAAUCGUCGAAAAAGAAGAGCACAUUGGCAAGAUUGUCUGCGUUGAAAGUACAGACACCAAGAAAAAAGGGCCAAAAGAAAACUGGUUCCCAGCUUUGGUUGUAGCACCAACGGCACAAGACACUGUGAGAAUUCGUGUGAAAGAGGAAUAUUUGGUGAGAUCAUUCAAAGACGGCCGUUAUUACACCGUUCCUAAGAAAGAGGCCACUGAGUUCACACGUGAACAAGCAACGAAACAAGAUACGGCGGCCGUACAGGCAGCGUUAGAAUAUUUGCAUAGUGAUUGUCUGCCUGCGCAUUGGGAUCGCGAGGUAUUGUUUGGCUUGGGCAAUUCAUCGAGCGAUUUUUACAAUGAAUUCGAUUCUGACACGUCGGACGAUGAGCCCACUGAAGAGAAAGACCAUUUCGUAGCACAACUCUACAAGUACAUGGAUGAUCGCGGAACACCGUUGAACAAAGGUCCAAGUAUCAUCAAUAAGGAUGUCGAUUUAUACCGGCUUUAUCGAGCUGUUCAAAAGCUCGGCGGUUACAAUCGCGUUACAUCGCAAAAUCAAUGGAAACAAAUUGCGAUUCGGCUGGGCUUUGUUCCGACAACCACGAGCAUUCAGAAUCUCGUAAAACAAGCCUACAAAAAAUUCCUAUUGCCAUUCGAAGAGUUCGAUCGAAAAUUGGGCUGUUCGUUGGUCGCACACCCACGAGCCAAUCGCAUCAAAGGUCGAAGUUUGUUGCGAGCCAAUUCAGUCGCUUCACCGAAACCGGAAAAAGAGGCCAAAUCCACCACAUCAGCGGCUGAAGAGUCGGAGAAUACAAGUGAAUCAAGUAUUGACACAAAACCAAAAACUAAAACCGGUAAAGUGAAAUCAUUGGUUGAUCGAUACGAAGAGAAAGUGGAUGAAAGUCGACGCGAAUCGAAGGAAAAUCCAAAGGAAAAGGAAAAAGAAAAGGAAAAGGACAAAGAAAAGGAGACGAAGAAAGAGAGUGGGAAACGAGAUAAGGAGAAGGACAAGGACAAGGAAAAGGAAAAGGAAAAGGAAAAGGAAAAGGAAAAGGACAAGGAGAAGGAGAAGGAGAAGGACAAGGACAAGGAUACGGCAUCAAGUUCCAAGAUUGAUGUGCCAGUGACGCCAUCAAGUAAAAAAGAGAAAUCGAACAAAAAACCAGUCACACCGCAGGUUGAUGAAAGGAAAAGCCGAAAGAAGGGCAAAGACGUCGAAAGCAAUGAAAAGAUUAAAGUCGAAACCGACGAAAAAGACAAGGUCGAUCAAAGCAAUGUGCAACCAAUCAAUGUUGGUGAUAAAUUGCGAGUUUAUUAUCAUGAACAAAAAGUCACGUACGAAGCAAAAGUAAUUGAAAUUUCCAAACAAAAUGACAAUUUGUUGUACCUCGUACAUUACACCGGGUGGAAUACAAGGUAUGACGAAUGGGUGCCGAAGGAGCGGAUUGCCGAAAAUUUAACGAACAGUAAAACGAGCAAGCGUGCAAAAGCUGGUGUUAAAAAUGAAACUCGUUCAAAUAGUUCGACGUCAGAGAAAUUGCCAGGUCCAUCGCCAGUGAUUCGUUCAUCGAGUAAACGAAAUCGCGUCAGUUCAAGGGGUGAUUCACAACCGCCUCGUUCUACAACCCCAUCAUCGAUUGCCUCGAAUUCAAGUCGAACAAAAUCUCCGGCAACACCAGCUCAACAGCGUCGCACAACUCGUGGUCAACCGGGUAAAUUGCGACGAACAUCCAACAACACCGACAUAUCAUCGCUGCAAACCGACUCAGACAGUGAUUCCGAUGAGCCAGUCGUGAAAAAACCAACGCCAAAACGGAAAUCAGGCGCGGUUAAAGCGAAAGUCAAACGUGAGGCUGCUAUCGAAGCGGUUGAAAUAAAAAAAGAAAAAGACUCGAAUCCAAGUUCGGAAGAGGAGACAUUGGCCAGUGCGGUUGCGAAGAGACGUGGUGAAAUCGAUUUGAAUCAAAUGCGUUCCGAACUCAAAGGCUUCAAUGACAUUGAUAAACCAUCGACUGAUGCCGGCGUUUCAAGUUCAACGACGAUGGUUGAAAAGAAAUUUGAUUACAUCCCAAAAGUGGAACCGACCGAAGCGGAUAUCACAACAACAGCAACAACAUCAAGCACGACCGUUAGCACCAGCACUGGUAUCACAGCUCGAACGAAAGCAUCACCUGUCAAUUCAUCCGAUACGAAUGAUUCGUCUGGCGACGAAGAUUCACAAUUCUCCGAUAAAACGACUACACUUGAGAAUGUGUCAGAUAAAUUGAAUAAAUUCAUUUUCGAUAAAAAUGCGUCGGGCAGUAAACAUGAUAUGGUAGCAACAUUGAAACAGUCAGGCAUCGAGAAAAUCAUCAAAAGCACACUGGCAGAGAAACCAAAAGCAUUGCCCGAUAAACCAACGAUGAAAACACUCGUCGAACACACACCAUUAAAGGAGGUCGACAAAAAGGUCGAAAGUGAUGCAACGACCGAUAGGGAAUCGAAACCAUCGGCAGCGUCCGAACAAAAGCACACAACAACACACGAUAAAGAAGCGGCCAAAGAGACAAAGACAAAAGGAGCUGUGGUUGAGCCUGGUUCAGAACAAGUGAGUGGUGUGACGGUGAAAAUUGAGGCAGAUAAAUCAAUUUUAGCAGAGAAACCGGAUCAAGAAUCGGAUCUUACUAAAACGAAGCUACCUGAUGCGGAGAGCAAAACGGAUACUCCAUCACAAACGCCAACGACAUCAACACAAUCUUCCACCAGUCAAGAGCAACUGACAUUGGACCCGAAACUCAACACCGAUGUUACGUUAAAGGUUGAAGCUGGCGAAAAGCCAACGCCGAAACAAAUCUUUGCCGAAAAACCUAAAUCAUUCAACAAGACAAUGAUACGGCAACCGCUGGCAUCUCCUAAAGACGAACCGAAAUCGAGUGGUGAUUCCGAUGCAGUGGCCAGUGGCAGUGCAUCAACUUGUGAUAUUUAUGAGUUUAAAGAACCAGAACUGUUCGAAUUCGAAACAUCAAAGAAACUAUCGCCAGAAGUGGACAAAAAGGCAAAGCGAAAAGCACAAAUUGAUACAGCGAAACCAUCCGCAUUAUCAUCAUCGUCGUCCUUAUCACCAACGUCAACGGCCAUGCCAGCAAAACGAACAAAAAAACCGAGUAAAGAGCCGGAAAAACCGACCAAAGAGAGUGACGACCGAAAAUCACCAAAAUCAUUGCUAACCACCGGUUCUGUGUUUUCGGUGCGUGUUGAUUCGAUAUUCGAUUCGUUGCGCAAAUCACCAUGCUAUAUGCCAGAUCAAGUCGAUGAAGCCAUGAUGAUGAGUGAGGAUUGCCCAUCAACAUCCGAAGCAAUACCAGUACAACAAUUGCAAUCUGAGAUGAAGCCAUUGUUUAUCAAUUCAUUUGUCGAUGCAACGCCGGCAGAUACAUCGAAAAUAUUCGAUUUGAAAAGUGGCCCCAGUGAUUUUAAAGAGGAUCUGGAAAAUGAUUUGGAAUCAGCAAAAAAAUUCAUUCUGAGCGAUGAAGUGUUGAAUCAAGAGCCGCCAAAAAUUGACAAGCCAUCAUCAAUUGCCGAUAAAGUGUUGAAAGCGCUUCAUUCAGCACAGCAAAUGCCUGGUACAUCUGCAGCAGCUGGCUCUGAAACUUCGUCGAUCGAAAUAUCAACAGCAGCAGCAGCAGCAAAAGACACGGAAUCAGAGAGCACAAAACCAAUUACGGUUGAUGUCAAACCAAAGGUGUUAUCCUUUGACAAAUCGGUUACACCAUCCACAUCGACAUGUGGCGUUAGUGAUUCAGCGACGACAUCGGCACGAGCUACUUCAUCAUCUUCAUCAUCAUCAUCAGCAUCAUCAACAACAUCAUCAUCAUAUCGGGCUGGCAUCUCGCCAACCACCGAAUCAGCAACCAUUAAGCCAGUUCUCAAUAAGAUUGAUAUUCUGGAAUCAAUAUCACCGAAAAAUAACGAUCUCAGUGAAACGAUCCAGAAAUUGGAAUCAGCCAUUCAGAAAUCGGGUGAGCACACUCACAUGUCCGAAGAUACAUCGGACAGCACGGACUCAGAGCAACGACUUGUUAUCGAAGAUGAAUCUCAAAGUUCGGAAACGCCGAAUGAAUUCGUUUUGAGCAAGCAGGAAAGUGAUCAAUCAUAUGGCGGUAAGCAAAUUGGCAAAGAAAAAGAGAAACCAUCAACGGUGGCUGCUCCAGUGGUUCUUGAUAAGAAACUGCAUGAUUUCGAUGAGAAAGAGAGUGCUGAAAAAUCAACGCCAACAAUAUCAACGGCCACGACAGCACCGGUGUCGAAUAUCACACCAAGUGUCACAAAUACUACCGCAAGUCCAGAUUCAAAGGCUCAGGACGAGCCAAGUAGCAGGGAUCAAAUGGCAACAGCAGUGAAAACCGAAGAAUCUGCCGAUAAAGUUAAGAUUGAGGAUGAACUUGCCGCUGAGAAUGCUCAAAAUGAAUCAAUAUCGUUGUUGUUGUGCGAAGAAACCAUUCCGGGUAGCCCAGCACCAGCCUGUCCAAAGGAACAAUGCGAUUUAAUCAAAAAGAAUUAUGAUAGUAUAUUCACUAGUCCAUCGACAGUAGCUGAGGUUGAUGCCAAGCCAAUUCCCACCGAAACCAGCACCAGUAGCACCACCACCGCUGUCGCUGAUGGCAAACACAAUAAGAGUAAAAAUGCUACGCCUCGCAGUUCUCCCAGAGAUUCAAUGAGUCAGGAAGAUAGUAGCGAAGAGAACAACAAAAAACCAGAACCUGAUCGCAUUGGAUCAGCCAAAAAGCGACGUUGCACUCGUAAGCAAUCUGAAGCAGAAGUAGCAUCAAAACGACGAAAAACGGCUGCGAGAAGGAACACCCAAACUGGCUCCGAAAGUGAAGAUAACUCAGAUGCAAUAACUCCACAUAAGCUACAACGACCAUCAAAACAUUAUCAAUACAAUUUUCUUGUUCAGCUUGAUCCGGCUAUGAAUAGCAGUCAGCGAAUCACUUUGCUCAAGAAGAAGAUUCAAGAUUUGCGCAAAACCUACAACAUGAUCAAAACUGAGUUGGCAAGCAUUGAUCGGCGGCGGAAAAAGUUGCGGCGUCGCGAGCGAGAAAUGAAGAAAAAUGUCCAGAAGCAGUUACAACAGCAGCAACAGCAACAACAGCAGCAGCAACAGCAGCAAAAUCAGCCAAUACAAGUCGAUGAAAAUCACCCAUCAAUAAUAUAAAUGUCGUAACAUGAUGCAAAAGUACGAGAAUGUGUCUUUUCUAUUUAACUCUAAGACAAAUGCAAGAACAUUCUUUCCCCCCCCCCAUUUUUUUCGCAUAAUGGAAUAGCAAUUAUUUUACAUAUAUUUUUUUUGAAAAAUUAUUUGAGGAUUAUUUACUCUCUUGCGCCUGUGUAAAAGUAUGGAAUUCCAUUCUAUUUUGUAAUUGAGAAAAAGAAUAUCAUUUUAAACAUUUUUCACUAAAACUUCAAGAAAAUGAUAGAAUGGAGGUUAAAAAAAAUGUUGGCCCAGCCAAGUUUCAUUCUGUUUUUAUAUGCACGUAUAUUUUAAUGCGUUCACAUCAUCAAUUUGUUUUUUCAUUUUACAUCUUAUCGAUUCUCAAUUUUUCAAUUUAUUAAGCGAAAGAAGAAGAAAGAACACAAAAAUUGAAAUGAUACCAAUAAUUGAGACAUUUGCACGUAGAAAACUACUUUAGAAUUAGUUCUGAUAUUAGACCGUUUUUUCUCGUCAAAAAACACAAUUAUACAAUUUGAAAUAUUAAACAUGUUUGUAUAUGUGCAAAUUAAGUUCGUAAGAAUUUUACUAAGCUGAGGAAUUGUAUUUACUACGUUUUAAAUAAAAAAAAAAAGAAAUUUAAGGAAAA